CCCUGGACAUUCACGCAAAUCCAUUUUCUCGGCUGGGCUGAUCAUGCUGUACCGGACAUUGGGGAAUUCCACCACUUAUAUCAGACCUACAAGACCAUUCGGCAGAAGAAACCCCUCUCAGAGGCCUACGGCCCUGCUGUUGUCCACUGCAGCGCUGGUGUGGGUCGCACGGGAACCCUGAUUUGUGCCGACAUGCUGUUGGACCAAUUGCGCAAGAACCCGUCGCAAAUUGACGUCUUCGGAACUAUCCUUGCAUCCCGCGUCUUCCGUCGCCGCUUCGUCCAGGUCAAGGUAAGUCCCAGCAGUUCCACUGGUGAACCAGUGGUUCACGUAAACUGUAUCUCAUGGCCUGCUAAGCAAAUAAAUUUGCCUCCUUGGUAG